GUGCGCUUCUUUUGGGCUUGAUUAAAGAACGAGGUCGCUAUUUUUCAGUCAGGAAUCUGGCGACUGUCACCGGAAGUUUUGGAAACUUGGAACGUCGUAUCAGGGGAUCUGGAGCCAGAUAAGCACAGGUCAAUAAAUUGCAUUUCUUAUACGCUAUUUUAUGAUUGUUUCAGGUAAGAAUGCAGCAUAUUGUUUGUUUAAGUGGGAGGUGUUACUAUGGGAAAUUUGAAGACACAACUGCUCCCAGCGUUUCAUCAUGGCCAGCAAUCUCCAUGAAGACCAGUUUACUUGUUCAAUAUGCCUGGAUAUAUUCACCAAGCCAGUCUCUGCUCCAUGUGGGCACAGCUUCUGCAUGAGUUGUAUCCAAAACUACUGGGAUUUGUGGGACAUCUCUAAAUGCCCGCUUUGUGAGAAAGUGUUUCACGGAAGACCAGAUCUCAGCAUUAACAGAACCUUAGCCGAAAUUACGGAGCAGUUCAGAAAGGACAGAGUGAGCAGCUCUGUAGACUGUGCUGCCCAGCCUGGAGAUGUGCUGUGUGACGUCUGCAUUGUGAGAAAGCUAACGGCUAUCAAAUCCUGCCUGGUCUGCCUGGCGUCGUACUGUGAGAAGCACAUCAGGCCUCAUUAUGAAGGACAUGCUUUUAAGAGGCACACACUCGUGAAUCCAGUUGAAGACUUUGAAGGGCAAAUUUGCAACGUGCACCAAAGACUCCUGGAAAUGUAUUGCAGAACUGACCAGCAGGCUGUCUGCUAUUGCUGUGCGGGUCAAGAACACAGAGGUCAUGAAAUUGUUACUGUGGAGAGUGAACGAGCUAAACAAGAGUGUCUGCAGGUGGAGACGCAGAGAGAAAUCCAAAAGAGAACUCAAGAGAGACUGGAGAAGAUGCUGGAGCUGACACAGACAGGGGAGCUGCUUGAAAGCUCGGCACUCAGAGAGGCUGUGGAAAGCAAGGAGAUUAUUACCAAACUGAUUCGCUCUAUUGAGGGAAUCCAGUCUGAGCUUAUCGAGCAGUUGACAAAGGACCAGGAAGCGGCACUGAAUCAGAUUGAGGGCCUCAAGAAACAACUGGAGAAGGAACUCUGUGAGCUAAGCAGGAGAAACGAAGAACUGGAACAGCUUUCAAAGACUGAUAAUCACAUCCGUUUUCUACAGAAUUUGAAGUCUCUGUGUGUCCUUCCUAAUGCUGCUGCCUUGCCCAGUGUUCAGAUAGACUUCUCUUUAGAGAAUGUGAGGGAAACUUUCUCAGCGCUUAAAGGAAAUCUUGAGCGAUCGUGGAAGGGAGAGACAGUGAGGAGAUCUAAGAUGGCGCCAGUCUCUCGGAAGAUAUUUCAUGAGAAAGCAUCUUCCAUCAGAAGCUGUUCCCUGGCCUUUGCAGUUCAGUUUCUAAUACCUGUCAUCAUAGGUGUGAUUGUUCACUUUUACAGAAGCUCCAAGACAACUGAUGUCACUCUGGACUCCCGUACUGCGUCCUCCCAACUCAUUCUGUCUGAAGAUGGAAAACAAGUCCGAUGGGAAGAAUCUGAUCGCCCCAAAAAUACACGUGGGUUUGAUACCCGGGCCUGUGUUCUGGGCAAGGAGGGGUUCACCUCAGGGAGACAUUACUGGGAUGUGGAACUGAAUGGGAAUAGUCUGUGGAGAUUAGGAGUCACCACACAGUCUGCCCAGAGAAAGAGGUGGUUCAGCAUAAACCCACAGAGUGGUUACUGGACUUUGGUGCUGUGGUAUGGAAAUCAGUUCAAGGCUCUUUCUAGCCCUGAGACCCUCAUCCCACUAUGUCUGAAACCCAAUAAGAUGAGGGUGUAUGUGGAUUACAAGCAUGGGCAGAUCUCCUUCUACAAUCCAGAGACAGUAUCUCUCAUCUACACUUUCAUUGACACCUUCACCGACCAACUAUAUCCUUUCUUCUGUACAGUGGACAAUAGAGACCUUAUCAUUGUGUCCCCUGUCGUCACAUGAUGCAAUCCAACAGAGAGACUAGAAACCACAAGGGUUUGUAAUAACCUGAACAAUGUAAAACGUAACCAUGGCUUUGAUCGCUUUAAAACAGCAGAAUUAAUUUUUUUGAAAGUUUAUCCUUGCUGUAAAAAUGUGUCCAUUUUGAUUGCUGACCAUCUUUGGGCUUUUCGUUUUUAUUAGGUACUACAUUGUAUUGGUAGUGUACUGUGUACACUUACAAUAUAAUGACAAUUGUUAUGCAAAUGUAUUAAUAUGUUUUAUUAAGAGUGGUUUAAAAUUCAUCUUGCUAUCUCUUUAGCUUCAGUAACGUUUCUAUUUACACGUCUCCCCAGUGACAGAGAUACGUGUAAGUCGCCCUGGAUAAGGGCGUCUGCUAAGAAAUAAAUAAUAAUAAUAAUAAUAAUGUUGGUUUUAACUACAGUAUAUCUGAGGAUCGCUCAUUAUUAUUAUUAUUAUUAUUAUUAUUAUUAUUAUUAUUUGUUUAUUUAGCAGACGCCUUUAUCCAAGGCGACUUACAGAGACUAGGGUGUGUGAACUAUGCAUCAGCUGCAGAGUCACUUACAACUACGUCUCACCCGAAAGACGGAGCACAAGGAGGUUAAGUGACUUGCUCAGGGUUACACAGUGAGUCAGUGGCUGAGGUGGGAUUUGAACCGGGGACCUCCUGGUUACAAGCCCCUUUUCUUUAACCACACAGCCUCAUUCAGUUGUGCUGAAACUUGUUAUGGGCAUUCAUUCAUUCAUAAUUUACUCCACAUACUUUGGAUGUAGCUUGCGGUGAUAUGCUUUAUCACAAUUCUGAAACCUGAUAGGCUAUUGAAGGCUAUGUCAUAGAAACUGCUUGCCUGAAUCUGAAGCUUAAGCAUUUAUUAUGAUGUAUUGUACAUGCUGUGGAUGUAGGUCAUGAGGACUUACAUAUUAAUUAUAUUGAUAAAUGUAAUGUGUUAUUUGCAUCCUUGAGAGGAAUACCUGGUCAUUAUUGCUCUGUUCAACUUUCCAUUGUGUUGCUAACGAUUAAAAAAAAAAAAAAAAAAACUCCUCCCCCUCAUCAUUGUUUAGUGGAACUUUUUAUUCUUAAAGGUUUAGUUGCUGAGGUUUUAAAAUUAAUUUGCUUACCUCUGCCAUGUUCACAGCUCUAGUUCUGCUGAAAAAAAAAAGCAUUGCAUUUAGGAGUUUAUUAAUUUAAUUUUUCUGUGUUUAUUUAUAGCUAGUUUCGAGUUUUAUACAGAUACCCCCAAAUUUGUUUUUUUCUAUACUGUAUGAAAGUAUUGUUUUCGCUUUCUUUCCAAAACUUUGGGCUGUUUUAUUCUGUCUCAAUAUUUACAGUAACUCGACAGUACUUGUACCUUCUUUCCUUUGCUGUCUUCCACAACGAAACCCUUAUGGUCCCGGGCAUAUUCUUGUGGGGUUUUUUGUGUGUUUAGGCUUUUUUUUCGGGCGUGUAAGUCCUCCCUCUCAAACUGCAAUAUAGCUUUAAGUCCCGCGAGCAAGAACAGUCCUCUGUUUCUAAUUGUAAUCUCGUUAUAAAUCUUGCAGGCUUGUACAAUCCUCCCUGUCUGUGAAGACUCCAAUAGCAGCAGGGCAGCAGUGUGGAGUAGUGGUUAGGGCUCUGGACUCUUGACCGGAGGGUCGUGGGUUCAAUCCCAGGUGGGGGGGACACUGCUGCUGUACCCUUGAGCAAGGUACUUUACCUAGAUUGCUCCAGUAAAAACCCAACUGUAUAAAUGGGUAAUUGUAUGUAAAAAUAAUGUGAUAUCUUGUAACAAUUGUAAUUGUAAAAAUAAUGUGAUAUCUUGUAACAACUGAGAAACCAUUUCCAGUGUUUAUUGGAUAUACGCGGAUUACAUUUUUUUGGUGUCGGUGGUGUUUAUCAGUUAAAUCAGAAGCCCUAAUUAUUAUUUAUUUUAUAGCUGUAUUUUUUUUUUAUUUUACACCAGUCUGUGUUAUUACCCACCUGAUACCAUUAUUGAUACCUGCCUGUGCCUUUGUCUGUGUGCUACAACAAAAAAUAAUAAAUUCUGCAAAUAAUUUCUAAAAA